CGUGGAUCCUCGCUCGGCUCAAGUCUGCCGAUUCGGCAGCUGCUUCUGCAGAGAGGCGGUGGUUAAGAAUUUGGGGGGGAAAGGUGCCCAACUAAGUUUCUCUCAGCGGGUAAUUGUCUGCUGUUAGCUAACAAGAGAGGUCGCAGCCUCCCUUCCCCUGGAUUUUGAAAUGCUUUACCUGAUCGGCUUGGGCCUGGGAGAUGCCAAGGACAUCACAGUCAAGGGCCUGGAAAUUGUAAGACGCUGCAAACGAGUGUAUCUGGAAGCCUAUACCUCGAUCCUGACUGUAGGGAAGGAAGUCCUGGAAGAGUUUUAUGGAAGAAAAUUGAUUCUUGCUGAUAGAGAAGAAGUGGAACAAGAAGCAGAUGCUAUCUUAAAGGAUGCUGAUAUCAGUGAUGUCGCAUUCCUUGUGGUUGGUGAUCCAUUUGGGGCUACAACACACAGCGAUCUUAUUCUGAGAGCAACAAAACUGGGAAUCCCUUAUCGGGUUAUUCACAAUGCUUCCAUAAUGAAUGCUGUAGGCUGCUGUGGUUUACAGUUGUAUAAGUUUGGAGAGACAGUUUCUAUUGUUUUUUGGACAGACACUUGGAGACCAGAAAGCUUCUUUGACAAAGUGAAGAAGAACAGACAAAAUGGCAUGCACACCUUAUGCUUACUAGACAUCAAAGUAAAGGAGCAGUCUUUGGAAAAUCUAAUCAAGGGAAGGAAGAUCUAUGAACCUCCUCGGUAUAUGAGUGUAAACCAAGCAGCCCAGCAACUUCUGGAGAUUGUUCAGAAUCAGAGAAUACGAGGAGAAGAACCAGCAGUUACCGAGGAGACACUCUGUGUUGGCUUAGCCAGGGUUGGAGCUGAGGACCAAAAAAUCGCAGCAGGCACUUUGCAGCAAAUGUGUACUGUGGACUUGGGAGGACCAUUACAUUCCUUGAUUAUCACAGGAGGCAGCAUGCAUCCACUGGAGAUGGAGAUGCUAAGUCUGUUUUCCAUACCAGAAAAUAGCUCAGAUUCCCAAAGCACUGAUGGACUCUGAACAUAGACAUUUUCAACUGUUGGAUGUUAAUUUCAGUCGUAUGUGCACGUACACAUAUUUGUAUAACAAAUUGAACAGAUCUUUUGGUUUACCUAAUAAGUAUAAAACAAAUGACUAAGAAGAAAGAUGUUGACUCAACAAUGCUUGGUUUCCUGUGGCAAUGAGUUCUUUCCCUAUGAUAUCAUCAGUUGUUGCUGAUAUUUUAGCAGUUUUUCAGGAUGGUACUCACUUGGAGCUGACCAAGCUGGAAAACUUGUACAUAGACAUUCAUAAACAGAGUCAUUUAAGAGCCAUUUUUACUUAUGAAACCAGUCUAUACAAGGUGGAACUUUCUUCUUUCUUAAAAAGCCUGCUGUCCUGACUGCAGCUGUGAGUUGCCCUGACAGCGGUUAAUAUUAGUGCGUCUAAGCAGAGGUGGAAGAAUGAGUCCUGCUUACUGAAAGCUCAGCUGAGUACAUGCCACAAAAUGACAUCCUUCUGAAUUGCCUUGUCUUGUUUAGCUGACAUCCUAAUUAUGUGGUUCAUAUUCUGCUGUAUUUUGGAGGUUAUAUAAUUGUUGAAUUAUAAAUACUCAGCCAGCCAUGUACAGUUGCUGUUUGGUUUUAAAUAGCAGCUUUCACAUCCAAGCUGACAAAUGGAAAACUUGCUGACUACAAAAUAAAAUUUUAGUCAACAUUCGUCAUAUCACUUAACUCAGUUAAUAUGCCACUCUGUAUAUGCAAGUAGUCACAUUCUUCUCAUUGGUUGUAAAUAACACUCCAUUUAUUAUAUUUCAUGACCAUAAAGGUGUUUUUUGUUUCUUUUUUUAAGAUUGACACCUGAGCUAACAACUGUUGCCAAUCUUUCUUUUUCUGCUUUCUCUCCUCAUAUCUCUGCAGUACAUAGUUGCCAAUUUUUCAGUUGCAGUCCUUCUAGCUGUGGCAUGUGGGACGCCGCCUUAACAUGGCCCGAUGAGCGGUGCCACGUCCAAACCAGUGAAACCCUGGGCCACCGAAGCAAAGCGUGCAAACUUAACCACUCGGCCAUGGGGCCAGCCUCAUGACCAUGAAGUUUUAUCCUUUUUUUAAGUUCAUAACAGAAAUAGCUCUGCUCUGUUCUAGUUUAGUUGGUCUAACUCAUUAUUUCCAUGGCCUAAUCAAUUUAUCUGACCUCUUUGCUUAGUAUAUUUGUUGGAAGUUAAGCAAAUACUUCCCUACUUCCUGGGAGUAUCAGUUGGCAAGAGAUUGUUCUGACUUAUUUCAUUUGAGAUAAAAGAUAUUUUAAUAUAUAUGAAACGUUCCAUUUUCAAGCUAUUGGACACAAAAGAGGAGAGAGGCAAAGACAUUUAAGUACCAGUUCUGUAUUAUUUUCCUCUUAACGGUUAAACCAAACAUUUAAGAAUUAUGAAAUGAACAACUUCUGGUUUCGUAAUGGUGGAAUAGCGUGUAAUGUACAAACCCCCCCAAUUAUAAACUGCACAAAACAUAAUAAAUAUCUGUCUAAAGGCACUGGGAGGUGACCAAAAGCAGGCUGAGGACUAUUCUUAUAUGGCUUUUCCCUUCAGGGCAUUCCCAGUCAGUCUGGUGAGGGAUAGCUAGAACCUAAGAGAAAGUUGCAGUCUUACUGGCUUGAGGUAUUAGAGGAAUUGGGGGCUGCUAGAGGAGCUGUAAAAUGAAGGAGGAAAUCCUGGAAAUGAAGGUGGCAGUGAGGGAGGAGCCUUCCAAUCUGCAUAUAAUCUCUUAAAUCUUUGGCUAACUCCUGAACUGUGCAUGUGCACAGAAGACUCCAGUGUUCCUGGCGGAAAGCCAGAGCUGAGGCAGGACAGCUGAGCAGAGAUUGUCGCUCUGUAUUACAAGAGAAGAAAGAGAUUUGAGUUUGAAUUCUGACAAGUUAGAAGGCUUGAAAAGCACCUUGGGCUUUCCAUCAAAUCCCUAGAAAGGCCAUGGAUUAGUAGUAAAGACUGCCCAGGACUAAGGAUUUUUGAUAAAACUAAGGACAAAAUCUUUAAUGUAAAAUCAAGAUGAUUAGCCAGUAAUUUAACUGCCUUCUAGAACAAAGCUUAUUAACACUUUCAGGGCAUGAUAACAAAAUAGGUCUCUUUAACAUGUCAACAAUGACUAGAAUAUAAUAAAAUAUUAUGAGGCAUGCAAAGAAACAGGUAAAUAUGACUUAUGGUGAAAAAACACCCAGCACCACACAAUAGAAAGAGAUGCUAACAUAACCCAGAAAUUGGAAUUAACAGACAAGGAUUUUGAAGCAGCUAUUAGAAUUAUGUUCAAGGAUGAAAAGGAAAGGUGGUUGGAACAAAUGAAUGUAGAUGGGUAUUCUCAGCAGAGAAAUGGAAACAAACCAAAAAAUCAAAAUGGUUGGACUUAACAGCAGAGCACAGAUGACAGAUGAAUAGAAAUUUUCCUGUCUGAGGAAUAAAGAAAAAAAGACCAAAGGGAAGAAAAUAAGCACAGAGCCCCAAUGCCAUGUGGGACAAUAAUUAGCAUAUAUGGAAUUGGAUCCCCAGAAGAAAAAGAAAAUAGGGCAGAAACAAAAUAUGAGUAGGGGCCAGCUCCAUGGCCAAGUGGUUAGGUUCACGUGCUCUGCUU